AAAUAACGCCCCAACCACCCUCUCUCUCUUAUAAUCCUCGUCCCCUCCCUCUCCCUCUCACUCUCCCUCUGUGGAAGAAAGAGCGAACGACGGGAACCAGAGAGAGCAACCAAAAGCCUCUCUCUCUCUCUUCUGGUUCAGUGCUGAUCUUAGCAAGCACCAACAAUAAAAGUGGGGCUCCCAGUACGGCCCUGCUUCUCAUCUUCACCCAAAGGGCACAAAGAGCAGAUACGCUCCCUGAUUUCCUCUGUUUCCUCUACUGGAAGAGCUUCCUCGCAUCGAUUGAUUCCUUCAGUGCCUCUCUUCAAACCCCAUUUACCCUUCUUCCUCUUAACCUUCUAGAAUGGUCAGAGGGUUCAUGCACUCCGCGCUUUGCUGACCAUUUUCAAGUCAUCCGGGGUUAGUUACUCGGAAUCUGAUUCUCAUGGCAGCCCAAAAGUCAAGAAACGUCCACUGAUUUCAGCCUUUCAGACCCGUAAUUGGUCUGUCUCUGUCAUCGGAAGCAGAGCAAGAGAGAUACAGAGAUUCCUCCUCUGCGUUUCCUCACUUUUGUUGACUUCCCAAAAACUGAACAUCCGUUCUCUCUGUCUAGUCUAGAAGAAGAAAGAGAGAAAAGCCGGGCACGGCGGUCAAGAAUGAUAGAGACUCGCCGUGUUGAUUCCGACGGUGAACUCAGCAGCAUAAGUAGCAGCAACAUGGACAGCCUCGGCCGCCUCAGCCGUUCCUCGAUGAGCAGCAGCAGCUUCAGCCGCCUCUCCUUCGACUGCGCCGCGCCCUCCGGCCUCCUCCUCGACGCCGGCGAUGGCAUCGCGCUGAAGCCCCACCGGUCCUCCUCCGACUCGGCCUACUCCGCCAUGCUCCGCCGCAGCACUCGCCUCGGGUUCCGGGACUUCCGCCUUCACCGCCGCAUCGGGGCCGGGGACAUCGGAACCGUGUUCCUCUGCAGCCUCAACAGGAAGAACCGGGGCAGCGCCUCCGAGGGCGACGACGACGGCGAUGUCGCGGCGACCUGCUACUACGCGAUGAAGGUGGUGGACAAGGAAGCAGUCGAGAAGAAGCAGAAGAGCGAGAGGGCGGAGAUGGAGCGGAGGAUCCUGAAGAUGGUGGACCACCCUUUCCUCCCGACUCUGUACGCCGAGUUCGAGGCGUCCCAUUUCUCCUGCAUUGUCAUGGAGUUCUGCCCCGGCGGAGACCUCCACUCCCUCCGCCACAAGCAGCCCCGCAAGCGCUUCUCCCUCUCCUCCGCCCGAUUUUAUGCAGCGGAGGUGCUGGUGGCGUUAGAGUACCUACACAUGCUAGGGAUUAUCUACAGGGACCUGAAGCCCGAGAAUGUAUUAGUCCGAUCGGACGGUCACAUCAUGCUCUCCGACUUCGACCUCUCCCUCUGCUCUGACGCUGUCCCGGCCGUCGAAUCCCCACCGUCGUUCUCCCUGGACCCCUCGCCCUCACCCUCCCAGCCCUACACCCACCGUUACCGGACCCCUUUCUCCUGCCUCCCUAAUUACAACCGCCUCUUCCGGUCCCGCAAGAUCCAGAACCUCACCCCGAACCGCCUCUUCGUGGCCGAGCCCGUCGCCGCCCGGUCCUGCUCCUUCGUCGGAACACACGAGUACGUCGCCCCGGAGGUGGCAUCCGGCGGGUCGCACGGGAAUGCUGUCGACUGGUGGGCCUUCGGCAUCUUCGUCUACGAGUUGAUUUAUGGGCGCACCCCUUUCGCUGGCGCAUCCAACAAGGCCACGCUGCGGAACAUCGUCGAGAAGCCCCUGAGCUUCCCCGGCGACGCCCCUGCCAGCACGUCGGAGAUGCAUGCGCGGGAACUAAUCUCCGGGCUGCUGUGCAAGGACCCGGCAAAGAGGCUCGGGUCGAAGCGGGGAUCCGCCGACGUGAAGAAGCACCCGUUCUUCAAGGGCCUGAACUUCGCCCUCAUCCGGUCGUUGACUCCGCCGGAGAUCCCCGGGUCAAUGAGGAGGCAGCCGACGACGUCGUUGUACAGGAGGCAGUUGACGGCGUUUGACUACUUUUGAGUUGGGUUGAGGUUGGGGCUUUCCGCCACGUGUCGGCUCAAGUUCUCGCCAGAUUUUGCCAACUUGGCAAUGUGACAGGGACGUGUAAAAAUGGUCGGAGCCUUUCCAAUUAAAUUAAUUAUGAUUCGCUUAUAUAUAUUAAUUGAAAAUAUGACGAGGA